AUGAGAAAAGAAUUGAAAUAUAUCAUAGGGGCUCACCUAUUACUCAUACUAUACCUCGUUUACCUUACUUUUGACUUGAUAACUUUACUUCAUGAUGAUUCAUUCAGUGAUGCCUUAUUAGAUGUUGAAUUAAAUCCAGCGGAUGGAAUCUUAGAUAAACCAUUAAUCAUUCCAAAAUUCAUUCAUCAAACUUAUAAAACUACCGAAAUCCCUGAGGUUUGGAAAGCUGGCCAACAAGCUUGUGUUGAUUUACAUCCUGAUUAUCAAUAUAUCCUUUGGACAGAUCAAAUGGCUCGAGAUUUCAUUAGUGAAGAAUUCCCUUGGUUUUUAAAGACUUGGGAUCUGUAUCCUUAUCCCAUUGAAAGAGCUGAUGCCAUAAGAUAUUUCGCUUUGGUCCAUUAUGGUGGAGUUUAUAUUGAUUUAGAUGAUGGUUGUGAACGGAAAUUAGAUCCGUUAUUAACUGUUCCUGCUUUUGUAAGAAAAACUAUCCCUACUGGGAUUUCAAAUGAUGUAAUGGGAGCUGUACCAAGACAUCCAUUCUUUUUAAAAGUUUUAGAUUCCUUACAAAAUUAUCAAAGAAAUUGGUUAGUUCCUUAUAUAACCAUUAUGUAUUCCACUGGACCACUUUUCCUUUCAGUAAUUUGGAAACAAUAUAAACGGUGGGGAGUUCCUGAAGCUGGGAAAGUUCGUAUUUUAAUGCCUAAUGAUUAUAAAACUUCCACAUUAUCAUUUUUCGCCAUUGCUCCUGGUUCUUCAUGGCAUUUGGAUGAUGCUAAAUUUAUAAAAUCUUUAGCUAAUCAUAUUGGUUUAGCGGUAUUUGUUGGUUUUGUCAUUGCAGGAUUAAUAUUCUAUAUUGAAUAUUUAUUCUAUAGUUGGGUUAUCUCCAAUAAUUUCAAAAAAAUGAUUAUAAAAAUUUCAAGUUUCUGUUACUUUUUAUCAUCUUCAUUGUUAAAAUUAUUCUCUCCAUUACAUAAAUAUCAACCCCUUGAAACUUCAGAUUCUCAAGUUAAAUUCAAUACUAAUAAUAAUAAUGAUAAUAAUAAUAAUGAUAAACCUUCCCUUAUUCUUUCAUUCUUUUCAAAGAAACAACAAAAUUUCAUUAAAAGAAGAUCAAGAAAAGAUUCUAAUUUACCUAUAAAUUUAGUAAAUUUAGAAAAAUUAAAUGAUGUCGAUUAUGAAAUCCCAGAUUCUGAUUCUUCUCCAACUUCAAAUUCUCCUAAUACAACUUUUAAUGAUGAUAAUGAUGAUACUUCAAACCCAAGUGAUGAUGGUGAAACUUACAUAUCAAAAAAUAAUGAUAAUAUAGUAUAG